AUGUAUCGAAAGGAGACAACGAAGCAUCAUGCCAGAGAAAUCAAUCAGAAAGAAAGAACUAAGAGAGCCAAGGAACAAAAACAGCGCAGAAAAGAGAGAAAAAAGAGUGGAAAGCCGGCAGGGAUCCCCCACACAUUGGAAACACUAAGGACGCCUGAUGAAACCAUAAUUCCAAAAGAUGAUGCUGAUUUUCAGCAUGAGGAGGAACACGAUGAGUUAUCUCGGAUAUAUGCGAAUAAAGUUGAGCCCAAGUUGCUACUGACACACUCUGAUCGUGCUUGUCCCAAAACCCUUGGAUUUUGCAAGGAGCUGGCGCGUGUUAUUCCCAACACUACCCUUCUUCCCCGUUGGCAUCUCCCCUUGAAAAAACUUAUACCUAAAUCCAUAGAACAAGGUUUCACGGCCUUGCUGGUAAUUAACGAAGACAUGAAAAAGAUGAACACGCUCAUAGUCAGCCACCUUCCAGAUGGACCAACUGCCACUUUUCGCCUCACUAACGUCACACCUCGCCGCAUGUUGUGUGGUCUCAAGAACCGUGGAAUCGAGGAGGGUGUUAUUCCUCACCUUAUUCUCAAUCGGUUUAUGACCAGUUUAGGCCUCCGAGUUGAAAGAAUCCUCGGUGCUCUCUUCCCCUCCGGUUCUCGCGGUCCCCCCCAGCCUCACUGUCGCACAGUUGUUUUCCACAAUCAGCGAGAUUUUAUUUUUUUCCGACACUACCGAUAUCAGCACCGCAGGAACAGGGAUGCAGUCGAGAACACAAACGAAGACCCAGAGUUAGAUACACUAGACGAACCAGCAGACCGUGUGGCUCUGAACGAAGUGGGUCCUAGGUUUACUCUUAAGCUUAAAUCAAUCCAGCGCGGCACAUUUGACAGCCAAUUUGGAGACUACGAGUGGGUUAGAAAAGGUGCUGUUAUUGGAAAGUCGAGACGUACUUUUGUACUUUGA